AUGGGGUAUGUUGAAGUCACUGCACUUCAAAUGGACAUGUUGGCUGCCAUUGGCAUGGUUGGCAUUCUCGGCAUUUGUGCAGCUUCACUCGAACGUGCGAUCAACUGCAUCUGCGACGGUGUCGUCGACAUUGAAGUGGACGCCCUCGAUCUUCGUCCUGCACAAAGGAAGCGCAAGCUGCGGACACCGAAGACCUUCAACAAGUCCACUGGCAUUCUCAGCACUACCGAACAUGCCUUCUCCGUCAACAACUGGGGGUCAGUGACCACAAGUUACGUGGUUAGUGUCAAGAAAAAGGGUGACAUCUUCCUGAAGGGCACAACAUCAAUGGCCCAGAAGUUACUGAAGAAAUCAGGCGGUACCAGCCUCUUGAAGUACCUUUGCCUCAAUGAUGACGAUGAAUCGGAGGAAAUUGACUGGCACACUGUGUUGUGGUAA